UUGCCGGCCGCAGGAAGGCAGCGUCUCCUGGCCGUCGGUGCAUCCGUCCAUCCAUCCGUACGUCUGUCAGAGGCCAUGGGGAAGAUGACGGUGCUCUCCCUGUUGGGGCUGGGACUGGCAUUCUUCAGGGAUCCCUGGUCUUCUUACCAAACACGAUUUAAUGUUUUCCGAGAAGUAGAACCAGUAGAACUUCCGAACUGUAACUUCGUUAAAGGAAUAGAAGCUGGCUCUGAAGACUUGGAGAUCCUUUCUAACGGACUGGUUUUCGUUAGCUCUGGAUUAAAAUAUCCUGGAUUAAAGAGCUUUGAACAUGACAAGCCUGGAAAAAUACUUCUGAUAGACCUGAAUGAAGAAGAUCCAACAGUGUUGGAAUUGAGGAUCAUUGGAAGUAAAUUUGAUUUGUCUUCAUUUAACCCUCACGGGAUUAGCACAUUCACCGAUGAAGAUAAUACUGUCUACCUGCUGGUGGUGAACCAUCCAGAUUUUAAGUCCACGGUUGAGUUGUUUAAAUUUCAAGAAGAAGAAAAAUCACUUUUGCAUCUGAAAACCAUCAGACACAAACUUCUGCCUAACAUGAACGAUAUUGUCGCUGUUGGACCUGAGCACUUUUAUGCCACAAAUGAUCACUAUUUUCUUGACCCCUUCUUAAAAUCCUGGGAGUUAUAUUUGGGUUUAGCAUGGUCAAAUGUUGUUUACUAUAGUCCAAAUGAAGUUCAAAUGGUGGCAGAUGGAUAUGAUUUUGCUAAUGGGAUCAACAUUUCACCUGAUGGCAAGUAUGUCUAUGUGGCUGAAUUGAUGGCCCAUAAGAUUCAUGUGUAUGAAAAGCAUGCUAAUUGGACUUUAACUCCAUUGAAGCACCUGGACUUUAACACACUCGUGGAUAACAUAUCUGUGGAUCCUGUGACAGGGGACCUUUGGGUUGGAUGCCAUCCCAAUGGCAAGAAAAUCUUCUUCUAUGACCCGAAGAAUCCUCCCCCAUCAGAGGUGCUUAGAAUCCAGGAUAUUUUAUCAGAAGAACCCAAAGUCACAGUGGUUUAUGCAGAAAAUGGUACUGUGUUGCAAGGAAGCACGGUUGCCUCUGUGUACAAGGGAAAACUGCUGAUUGGCACUGUGUUCCACAAAGCUCUGUACUGUGAGCUCUAACUGGUCGAUUUGCACCCCCGCCAUGGAAACUGUAAGCCCAUCAUUUCAACCGCUUCCCACAUCUAAGGGGCCAUAGUGAUCUCACCUCAACGCGAACGCUGACCCUAAAUCUGGGCAUCACGAGGGAUGAAAGUGCUGAUUAACUGGGAACAGAUUUGAUGCAUAAGGGUUUCUUGAGAGUACCAUAUGAAAUCAAUCUUGGAAUACUUGAAAAUAUCACUUACCAAUAAAAACCGUUUUCAAUAAAA